CUUUUUCCUCCCGCAUCAUCCUUUACAGCACACGACAACCAACCAUGCCCAGCCACAAGUCCUUCAGGAUCAAGAUGAAGCUGGCCAAGGCCGCCCGCAAGAACAGGCCUCUUCCCCAGUGGAUCCGCCUCAAAACGGACAACAAGAUCCGAUACAACGCCAAGCGCCGCCGCUGGCGCCAGACCAAGCUCAACUUCUGAGCUGUCUUGCUUGUGUUUGGUUCGCGUGGCGUUUUCGUUGUUCAUCCACACCGUCUCGUCUCUCUGUGUGUGGCGGUGAUGGUGCCCCAGCUACCGCAUGCAUCCGUCUGCUUGCUGCAGUCGCUUCAUCCUGCGCGCGUGCGUGCGUGAUGUGGCUGCUUCGUUUGUUGUCGGGUGUGUGUGCAUGUGAGUGGCAUCGUUUGCGGGGAACUGCUGGCAACGUGUGGCUUUGUCGUGCAUGUUGCCGCCCUGCUUGUGUCUUGUCUCUUUCCUGUCAUAAACGACUGGCUGGGUCCACCACCACCAACAAACUUUGGCACGUAUCCGG